AGCUUGUCAAAAGGUGCCACUGGUGGCUUCCGCCAACCCUCACCCAUCUUCCCAGACGAUGAAAGCUCUUCAUACUCGGCUAAUCCGGGCAUGAAAGGUUUGUACGGGAAGAAGCCAGUCGCGAAGACCAGUAUCGCGACGGGGAUGAGCAGGUUCGCAACCGUGAGAAGAACCGUUCGAAGCGCCAUUGUGACCUAUUUACCUCUGGAUUAGUUGAUGAAGAGUUCGAGGCGCGUUCAUAGCAUGAUGAGCGAUUCCAAUGCCAGAAGGGAAAGUUCACGCGUCCAACAUGGUAUCUAGAGACGCGACGUUACGUUUGUGGCUCUGAGAACUCAGGGUCCAAGCUCUAGUCCCAAGAGAAUCUAGUGGGUAACGCCAUGGAGCCAAUGACAUCACUACCUCGGAUGGAGAGCUUCCCAAAUGUCAGCAUCUGCUCCGAGCAAGCAUCCAUGUAUCCAACGCCAUUGGGACUUGCUGGUUUAACGAGAACGAGCUUGCCUGUCUGCAUCCCGGCUCCGCACAUCUACUUUGCGAUCCGUUCUUUCCGCUCCGCCAGCCGCUUCCCGAACUCCGGCCGAACUUUCGAAAAGCAGCUCUGCGCGUACCUCCAGCAACAACACGUUUCACACACUCCUAGAUCAUCGACUCGAGCAUCCAACAUGUCAUUUAUUCUUCCUGGCCUUCGUAGAGGCUUGAUGCUCAGUACGCCACUCAUCUUGUCGACACCUUUGCUGGUAUAUCAGUUCCGAAAUGCACAGCCCAUACGAUGCGAUGGCCCGGAUCCCAUCACUAAAAUCACAAACGACCUCAAAAGCAACUACGUAACCGAAGCGAGAACACCUGUUAUCACUCAAUCAGGUGCUAUGAAUCCGAAAGCAGUCCGUCAAAUCAGCAUGGGAAGCAUUCUAGGUGUGAUCGGAGGGCUGGGAAUUAGUGUUUUCAGCAAACCUCUGGCUGUGUUGAUUGGAUUGGGAAUAUUUGCUCUGCAGUUCAUCGAGUCGCGAGGUAUUCACGUCAUACCAUAUUCAUUCCUGGAGCGCCGGGUAAAGUCGAUGAAUGUCCGCUCACUAGUGCGCGACAAUGUGGCCUUCAAGUUGUCCUUCGGUCUGACUUUCGCGAUGGCAGCGUUUGCCGAAUUUUAGAAUCUUGAUUUUGAUGUCUUUGCUCAGUACGCGUUCGGCUAGUGGAAGCCCUGGGCGAAACGAUGUGCUGGAUUCAUUGCUUGGGGCUGCAGCUGCAUUUGCAGUUGCUUGCAAGUCUGCCAAAAAGCUUUGACAGUUUCCUUGAAAGCUGCCCCGCUUCUUGCGUUUCUGUACAUAUGUCAGCAUCAAAUCCAAAACUCGCAAUCAUGGACAAGUCUUACCUGGUCAUGCUCUCGAUGAGCUUGCGCACCAUAUCCUGAACGCCUUGG